CGCCUUAGUAUUAUUCUCUUCUCAUGGAGGAUGUAAAAGUGGCUCAAGUUACACCUCCUGCGCCUGCAGAAUCAUCAUCGCCAUCCCAGAACAAUGGACAUUCUAGUGGAGAAGCAUCAUUGGGCCCUCUUGCUAAUGGGAAAACAGAAAACAGUAGCGAGAAGCCUGGAGAAUCGGGUGUAGAAGAAGUUUCCCAAACCCAGGUUGUUGCUCAAGAUUCACUUCUUGAAGCUUUAAACUUGGGAGCCAAUCAAGCACCGAAAUCAACGUCAGUUUCAUUAGUGGAUGUAUUGGGGACAACUUCUUCCUCCAAUGGACCUGACAAUGAAGCCACCCGAAAUCCUUCAGAUGUUUCUGAACCGAUUGGGGAUUCCUCUAAGGCUCCGAAAGAGGCAGAUAUGGCUGACUCCUCUAAAGCAUCCCUUAUUCAUAUGGAUUCUACUUCACAGGCACUUCCUGCUGCAACUGUUCCUCAUAAUUCUGAAGUAAUUGGGAAUUCCUCACUGGCCUCAAAAGAGGCAGAUAUGACUAGUUCCACUCAACAUACCCUUAUUCAGAUGGAUGAUUCUACUUCACAGGCACAUCCUACUUCUGCUGUUCCUCAGAAUUCUGAAGUUUCUGCUCCUGUUAUUGGUGGUCCUCUUGUUCAAAUAGAUGAGAUUUUUCCAGUCCAGAGUUCCUUGGAUGCCAAGAAAGCUGGAAAUUCUGAUUCCACUGGGGAACCACUUCUGAUGGAUGACACUGUACAAACCCCUUCUGCUCACAAGGCACUGAUAGAUUCUCAGGAAAAUGAGGAGGUGGAGCAGAAUGCUUCUGCUGCUCAAGCAGCUGAAACUGCUUUAGUGGGCAGUCAAGUAGAUGAUAGUACUGUUCCAGAUCCUUCUUCCUCUCCCAAUCCAAAGGUGCAGCAACCCAAUGACUUUACUCUACCUCAGGUAAAGACCAGUUUAAACUCGGGUUCUGGUCUACCUGAUUCUCCACUAGUCAGGAUGAUAAAUCCUGCCAGCAGGACACCUCAAUCUAGCGAAUCUGGUAAACUCUCCAAACAGGGGGACUUGAAUAGGGGCCUCAUUGACACAACAGCACCUUUUGAAUCUGUUAAACAAGCUGUUUCAAAGUUUGGGGGAAUCGUUGAUUGGAAAGCACAUAAAAUGCAGACUGUAGAGCGACGCAAGCUAGUAGAGCAAGAACUAGACAAGUUGCAGGACGAAAUGCCCCAGUACAGGAAGAUGUCUGAUGCUGCAGAAGAGGCCAAAACAAAAGUUAUCAAAGAGCUCGACAGUGCAAAGAGACUUAUCGAGGAGCUCAAGCUCAACCUCGAGAGGGCACAAACUGAAGAGCAUCAAGCGAAACAGGAUUCUGAACUUGCCAAGCUUCGAGUGGAAGAGUUGGAACAAGGGAUUGCCGAUGAGGCCAGCGUUGCAGCCAAGGCACAGCUUGAGGUUGCUAAAUCGAGACAUGCAGCAGCAGUUUCGGAGCUGAAGUCUGUCAACGAGGAGUUGGAAGCUCUACGUAAAGAAUAUGCUUCUCUGAUUAGUGAGAAAGACGAUGCCAUGAAGAAAGCUGAAGAGGCUGUCUCUGCUUCCAAGGAAGCUGAGAGGACAGUUGAGGAACUGACGAUUGGGUUAAUAGCAACAAAGGAAUCUCUGGAAUCUUCACAUGCUGCCCAUAUGGAGGCAGAAGAGCAUAGAAUAGGAGCAGUCAUGGCGAAGGAGCAGGAUGCUCUUUACUGGGAGAAGGAGCUGAAACAGGCUGAGGAAGAGCUCCAGAGACUUAACCAGCAGAUUCUUUCAGCUAAAGAUCUCAAAUCAAAGCUCGACGCUGCUUCUGCUUUGCUGGUCGAUCUGAAGGCUGAAUUGGCAGCGUACAUGGAGUCAAAGUUAAAGGAGGAAAAUACUGAAGAAGGAGGUUCACCACAUGAGGGGCCAGAGAAGAGAAAUCACACAGAUAUUCAAGCAGCAGUGGCUUCAGCAAAGAAGGAACUCGAAGAAGUGAAGCUCAACAUCGAGAAGGCAAAUGCUGAAGUGAAUUGCUUAAAGGUGGCUGCUGCCUCGUUGCAAUUGGAGCUCGAUAAGGAAAAAUCAUCUAUCGCCACGAUCGGGCAAAGGGAAGGAAUGGCAUCAGUUGCAGUUGCUUCUCUUGAAGCCGACCUGGACAAGACUAGGUCAGAGAUUGCGGUGGUUCAAUCCCAGGAGAGAGAAGCACGAGAGAAAAUGGUGGAAAUGCCUAAGCAACUGCAGCAAGCUGCACACGCAGCUGAUGAGGCAAAACUACUCGCUCAACUGGCGCGUGAGGAUCUUCGGAAGGCCAAAGAAGAUGCUGAACAAGCCAAAGCUGGGGCAGGCACAAUGGAGAGCAGAUUGCUCGCAGCUCAAAGGGAGAUUGAAGCUGCAAAGGCUUCUGAAAAACUAGCAUUGGAUGCUAUCAGAGCGUUGCAAGAGAGCGAAUCAGCAGCACAAACUGGGAAUGAUGCUGAUUCCACGAAUGGGGUAACGCUUUCUCUAGAGGAGUACUAUGAGCUCAGCAAACAAGCUCAUGAAGCAGAAGAGCAAGCUAAUGCAAGGGUGGCAACAGCUAUUGCACAGAUCGAGUUAGCCAAGGAUUCCGAUUCAACGACUGCAAAGAAGCUGGAAGAUGUGAACCAAGAGCUGGCUGCUAGAAAGGAAGCUCUGGGCGCUGCGAUGGACAAAGCCGAGAAGGCUAAACAAGGGAAGUUGGGUGCUGAACAGGAACUCAGGAAGUGGAGGUCUGAACACGAGCAAAGACGCAAGGCUGGUGAAUCUACUGCUACCCCUGGGGUCCCCAACAGUAAUAAAAGCCAAAGAGGAAGCUUCGAUGGGGGCAAAGAAGCAAAGAUUGCUGAAGAGGGCUCGGCAACCCAAAUCCCAAUGAGCCCCAAGGUGAACUCGCAGGGAAGUAGUAACACCGGUUCUGAACCCUCACCAGACGUUAAGGCAACCAAGAAGAAGAAGAGAUCAAUGUUCCCGCGUUUCCUCAUGUUCCUGACGAGGAGAAAGUCGAGUUCCUCAAAGACGGGUUGAUUUUUUUCUCCAUGGGAACCAGAAUUUGCUUGCCUGCCCCGUUGCUGCUGUCUGUUGUCAUAUUAAAUGCAUAUAUUCAUUCGUCUCUGGUUUUUUUUUACAUCGAAGAGAUUACAGAGGUAAAAAGUUUUCUUACUCUUUUUGAAUGUAAAUGUGAAAUGUUUACCCUUGUGUAUGAUAAGAUACUUGGCAAUUGACAUACAUACUUGAAGCAGAAGGAAAGAAAAGUGGGGGAGUGUAUUUGUUGCGUUUGGCUGCUGGCUUUGGAUAAAAAUAAUAAUGCAACUGCAGUAGUCCUUUCAUUUCAUGAGGAACCAUAAUGAUAUUGUCAAUAUGAAACAGUGCAAAUCUUUUUAUUUUUCUGUUGCUACUUGUUUUGUUGGUCUUCUUUCGAUUCUUAUAUCAACUUCUGCGGUCAUAAAUGCUGAAUUUAUCU